AUGAACCACCACGGCAAUAUGGAGAUGGAUCCGUUAAGUUACGACUACCCGACGUACAGCUAUCAAGCACCAACGUACCCAUACCCUAACAAACUACAAGCAAUGUACCAGGCGUACGCACAGACCAACACAAACUUCGUACCUACCGUGCACAACACACAACACAAUACGCACAACAUUCCGGAACCCGUUAAACCAAAUCCAGUGCUACCAACAUCACAAACCGAAGUUAAAGAGGUCAACAGUAACGAUAAUGUAAUACAACCAACAAGUAAGAGAAAAAAGAAAGAUAAGAAAGGAGAAAAAGGUACAUUCUGUUCGGAGAAGAUAACGGAUGCUUCGUUCAAGUUCUACGGAUGCUCUGUAUGUAACAUAAGUUAUAGUGCACUCCACGAACUCGAUCAGCAUGUCACUAUACACAAGAACAGAUUGACAAGCUACCGACUCCGUCUCCGGAACCAAUUCAAAAAGAAACAAAUAAAAAAAGAAAAGAAAAAGUUAAAAAAAUUAAGUAAAAUUAAAAAAGAAUCAGAAAUGGAUGUCGAAAUUAAACCGGAAGACGGUUACAUAGGUAACGAGAAAGCCGCUGAUUUAGUAAUUAAUAAUGAGAUAGAGAAUAAUGGUAAUGUAAAUAACGGUAACAGUGUAAUAGAUAAUCAAAGUAGUCAAUUUAAUUCGGUGAAUGGUGAAAUUAGUAAUGUAAGUAACGAUAAUAGUUUAAAUAACGGUGAUAUGUGUAACAAAGUGGACAGAGUUAACGAUAAGAGUAUGAAUGAGACGGAGAUUAACGAUAUGGAGAAGAUAUACAAGUGCUUUGCGUGCAAUAAGCAGUUCACACUGAGCUACUACCUCAAGCUACAUGUUCGAUCCCAUACAGAUGAGAAGCCAUACACAUGUGCAGCGUGUGGGCAGUCGUUCAUUACGGCGAGCAAACUCGGGAGACAUAACAAGCGGAUACACCUCGCCGAGCGAUACCAGUGUCGGAUCUGUUUCAAAAUAUUCUCCAAGUUCGAAUUGUUAACGGCACACUUUGAUAAAACGCAUCCCGAGGACAAAUUGGAAGGAGAACCCUAUGAUUACAACGCUAUCCUCCCGUACCUCAAAGAGUUGGAGGAGCAGCUACAACUAGAUGAAGCUAGACACAACACAAACAGUACACAGAGUACACAGAGUACACACGGUACACACGGGACACACGAUACACAGAGCGUGUGUUGGGACGUGCCCGGAGUGUUGGAAGCUGGUCUGUCGGAGCCCGCGCCGCCUGACAUAAAGGAGGAGGUACAAGACGAUGACCAAAAAGACACAAUACCGAAAGUAGAAGUAAUGGUCGAGGAGGUGAAACUGGACUGUGACGUCACUGUCAAGGAGGAGCUACUUGACGAGGACAUUGGGGGUAUUGGAGAUAACGGGGAUUUGGGGGAUAACGGGGAUAGCGACGCGGGGGACGUGGGGGAUGUGGUGGAAGACGCUGGUGGGGAUGAUGUCGGCGAUGUCAAGAAUGAAGAUAGCGACGCAUCAGACUCGGAUUACUUCCCCAGCAACACGUGGGCGGCGGCCCCGCCGGCGUCCCCGGGGGCGCGCGGGGCGGGGCGGGGGCGCGCGCGGGGCGCGGGGGCGCGCACGUGCGCCGUGUGCAACAAGUGCGUGAGCAGCGCGUCGUACAUGCGCGUGCACAUGCGCACCCACUCGGGCGAGCGGCCAUACAAGUGCACGCACUGCGGACGCGGGUUCAUCACCAGCUCCAAGAUGCAUCGACACGUACUCACUCACCAGGCCGAUAAGGGCGAACUCAAAACGGAAGGUGAGACCAAAGAGGAGGGGGCCGAGAAGGAGACAGCAGAAGAAGAGGGAGAUAA